GUCCUGCGAAAAACACCACCACUCUGAGGGCACAUCACACCACCGCGCACUGUAGCACAAUUCCUCUACCCGAACGUUAAAGUCGGCUCUCUCUCUCUCUCUCUCUCUCUCUCUCUCUCUCUCUCUCUCUCUCUCUAUAUAUAUAUAUAUAGAAUGUAUUCGCCCUGAGGAUUAUAUAUGAGAGACAGAGAGAGAGAGGAAUGAAACCCUCACCGCGCAGAAAUUUUUCCAUCGAAAUCUCUCUCUAGAAAAUCUUGUACAAGUAGUCGAUAACGGAGUUGGUUUUUUGUUCGGUCGAUGGUGAUAUCGGAGAUGAUAUCGGGAGAGAGAGAGGGAGCGAAUAAUAAGUUGACGGUCGUAAUGGGAACAACAUCAUCAUCCAAGCCGCCGCUGCACAACUUCGCCCUGCCGCCGUGCUUGAGGUGGGGGAACCAGAAGCAGCUGAGGUGUAGCAAGGUGGGUCCCGAAGAUUUCGACCCGGAGAAGUACUUUAUCGGACGGCAGCGGAAGGAGAACGAGGGUUUUAAUAAAACGCCGUCGAACGACGGGAUCGAGGCCGUCAGGGCGAAGCUGAUGUUGGAUUUCCAGACGGCGGCCGAUGAAAUGACGGUCGCGAUUUUGGGCGAAGGGUUGUUAAAAGAAACGACGGCGUCGGUUAAGGAAACGGCGGCGUUCGAUGGGGAGAAGGGCAGGCCGUGGAAUUUGAGGACGAGACGAGCUGCGUGUAAGGCUCCGAACGGAACGUUUGCCGGCGGUAACGGUGGCGUAAAGAAGCCUAAUUUCUCGCCGUUGAGGACUGAUAACGAAAAAUCUACUAGACUAUACGGAGAGUCAUACGCUGCGGCGUCGGAUGCUGGAGAGACGAGGGAGAGGGAGAAGUUUUCGGUGUCUCUUUCGCGGGGAGAGAUUGAGGAGGAUUUUAUGGUGAUGGCCGGGCAUAAGCCGCAUCGGAGACCCAAGAAGCGACCCAAGGUUGUGCAGAAGCAACUGGAUUCUCUUUUUCCGGGAUUGUGGUUGACAGAAGUUACAGCUGAUAUGUACAAAGUUGCUGAUGCUCCUUAAGCUUUUGAAAUUUUUAGGGAUUGGAGGAGUUGCUGUUGUUUCUGGAUGUUUGAAGGUUAUUGUUUGCUGGACACUGCUGUAUUCUGACCUCUUAUUAGUGGGUAUACUCAAAUGGUGAGUUGGGACUUCGAUGAAACUGUUGACUUAGCGGUAGAUAUGUUUGAGCUUUAGUUGAUUCAUAAUGCUAAUCUUGUUCAAGAUAAGUUAUUCAAUUAUAUAUAAGUAGUGAUGUUUCUUUAUGCGGAGGGGAAUGAUCUUGUAUAGAGAAACGAUGGAUGGAUUUAUAAGGAGGAAAGGUAUGGUUUUCUAUGUUGAACUUGUUUUCUAUUUAAGGAAUAGAAUUCCUGAGUUAUGUUGGCAAA